AUGAAACCAACUAGACCUCUCUCAGAAUCUUAUUUCUUAUUAUACUAUAGUGAAGAUUGCUGUAAUUCUAAUUGAAUAUCUUUACCAGUAACACUUCCCCGCCUGCUCAGCAGCUUGCGUUUCACGACAUCGCAAAGGUUGCUUCUGCUGGAAGAGGGCCUGCACUCACUACCCUAUACUUGGGUGAGUCGCGUCAACGUGCUGUAUGUCACACAAUGGAAAAUUCAAAAUGGUUGAAUUUUCUAGUAGACUCUUAGCUAAAAGAGGAAAUCCUAAGCCCAGGGCGUAACUCCUGAUUUCACAAAAGAGAAUAGUCCCGAUUGGCUAGGAUAAACACCAUUUUUCUGCUGGGAGACUCUUUUCCAGCUCUCAAGCCAUUUUCCUCUGAGACAAAAACCUUGAUUCGGAGUAAAGUUUGCUGCCGGCUAACCCAACAUUGGCCUCACCAAACUAGAAAAAUCCUGCAGAUACACAUUCCUGAACGCCAUCUCCCUUCCACAAGGUCCCUGCACACCCUGCAGGAUACCAGCUACAGAAGCUAAGAGGGGGCUGGCUCACCACACCAUUUUAAUGUAUACUCUCUCAGAAUCAAAACGUGCAAAAUCACACAAUAACUCCCUCCUUUGUACAAGUCCUAAAGGUCACACAUUAACAAACCAAUUUUCUUCUAAUGACUCCACAUCUCAUUUAGAAAACUAUACAACUCAAAAAGAGACAGCCAAACAAAUCAAAUUAAAUUUCGACGAAAUACCCCAAAGAAGGAAAAAAAGCAAACACAUGACUUUAAUACUUAACGACCUAAUUGAAAAAGAAUGAAAAAACAUGCCAAUCAAAAGAGUUGAGUCUCCUAAAAAAGAAACUAAUAAUCGCCAUCAUAGAAACAAAACUGAUAUAUUAAGUCCCCUCGCACAAAUUAAUCAAAGGCUUAGGCCAACUUCUCAAUAUUUUUCUGUUAGAAAACUAAGAUCAACAACACUAUUAAGAAGCUCGAAAUCUCCUAAAGGUACUAUGAAGUUUGAAAUAAAUCAAAAUUCCCCUUUAGCUCGAGGAUCUCCUAUCAAAUUUCCUCAAGGAAAAGCAAAGAAUCAAGACGACGCAAUUCAGCUGGGAACCGAAAACAUCCUAUCAAAACUGUACGAGCAAAGCAUAAGGCUACAAAAAUACUUACGCCAAAAAGAUACCCCACAUAUAUUAGAACGAAAACUUAAAAAAUUAAAUGAUCUGAUUCACAAAGAAAAUAGCAAAUUAGCGAAUUCGUAUUUUUCACUAUAA